AUGCAGGCGGGCCCGGUAGCACCAUCCGCCCUCUUAUCAAACCUUAUAUCAGAUAAACCCCUGGGGGAGCUGGCAUAUGUCCCGCUCAACAUAAAGAAUAACCUGGAUGUCCUGGCCUUCAACCGCAUCUGGGUGUCCCUCUUGACGGGAGUGCUGACCGGCUGCUCUGGCUUGACCGGGUUCCGAGGCUUUGGAGUGUACCUGCUGGGCCACCUGCUCCUCAGCAUCCUCCUCCUCGUCAAGACCAAGAACGCGCCCUCCAAAUACUUUGCCUCCAGCCUGACCCUGCUGACGAGUAAUGUGUUUGCGCAGACGGAGCUCUUGACCUUUGUAUUAUUCUGGACGCUGACGAACAACAUAGUCUUCCUCUUCUGA